GUGGAUAUUAUUGUGACAUUACAAGCACGUUUACUUACAAAAACAAAUUUGGAACCAUAAAAAGGAAAUAAAUGAGAAAUACUAUACCAGUAUUCUCGGCUCCCAGUAGAGAAUAUCGGAUACAGUUUUAACUAUACAUAUGAAAAUAAAAAAAUAAAAAUGGGGUCAUCUUGACUUAUACCACAAGCAACCUCUCUCUAACAACUCCCCUCGCUGCUUCUCUCUCCACAAAUGGAUGUCAUCUUCGAUCCACCAAAUGGAAAAUCCUUCUCCAUUGAAGUGGGUUUCUUUGAUACUAUUCUAGAAAUCAAGCAAAAGAUUGAGAGGUACCACGCCAUACCCAUUCCAAGCCAAACCCUCGUCUUCAAUCGCCAAGUUCUCCAAGAUGAACGUGACGUGGCCGACUGCGAUAUCCUCCAAAACUCUCACAUCCGGCUCAUUAUCGCCAGCUCCGAUCAUUUCGAUAGGCCCACCGCCAAUGACGACGCCACGAUUAACGUCGACGAAGACUCCCCCGCCCCAAUAUUUCUCAACAACAAAAUCAGCCUAAACUUGAAGAUACCUACUCCGACACCGCACGUCGUCCCCGUCGAGAUGGACGUAAACGACACCGUUUCGUCAUUGAAAGAUAAGAUUCAGGAGAUGGAACCCAGUGUCGUUUCGGCCAAACGGUUGGUUCUCCACUCCUCGUCUGGGCUUGUGGAGUUGCAAGAUAAGCGUUCUUUAAGUGAAUGUGAGCUUUCUGAGAACGCUGAGAUCGAGGUGAGUUUGAGGCGGUCUCCGACGGCGACAGUAGUAGGGGGGCCAAAGAAGUUGAAGCUGGUAGUGAUACCCAAGUGUGGGAGUAAGAGGGCUGUUGUGGAGAUGAGCCCAUAUGAUAACGUAGCGGAACUGAGGAAGGAGUUGGAGAAGCUUCGACAGAUGGGGAGUCAGUUUCCUCUCCCGCCGGAGGGUUACUUCUUCAUUUACAAGCAGAAUGUCAUGGACGAAGACAAGUCGUUUCGAUGGCACCACGUCUCCCAGGGUGACUCUGUUGACAUUUUCAAUGGUAGCGUUACCGGAGGAUCUUAAUUAAACUACCUAUACCUAUACAAAGCUUUUAUUAAUUGUUUUUAUUAUUUUUCAUAUAUUCCUCUUUUUUAGCAGGUUAAUUACCAUUGUUCUUU